AGCGCAGCGGCGGCGGGAGAGCACGGCCAUGGCGGUGACCUGCCCCGCGAUGCCCACCCCCGCCUCCUUUGUCUCGCUUUACAUUUAGUUCUCAAUUUUUAAUUUUUUUUUUUAAAGUUUUGGUUGUUUGUUGAUUUGUCGGUUUAUUUUUUUUUUUCCGCCACCGUGGCCGCCCGGCGAUGAACGGCGGGGCUCUGCCGCCGCUGCCCCCCGCCGCAGCCCGCGGCCGCCGGCGGCCCGCCUCCCCCGAGCUGCUGCGCUGCAAGCGCCGCCUGGCCUUCGCCGCCCUGCCGGGCACCGGGGCGGCGGCCGCGGCCGCCGUGGCCCGUCGGAACGAGCGGGAGCGCAACCGCGUGCGUCUCGUCAACCUGGGCUUCGCCGCCCUCCGCCAGCACGUCCCGCAUGGCGCCGCCAGCAAGAAGAUGAGCAAGGUGGAGACGCUCCGCUCCGCCGUCGAGUACAUCCGCGCCCUGCAGCGGCUCCUCGACGAGCACGACGCCGCCGCCUCUUUCCCCGACGGCCGCGGGCGGGUGGCCGUCGGGGAAGUUGGCGGCGGCGGCGGCUACUCCUCCGCUUCUCCCUCCUUCGCCUCCUCCGCGCCCGGCUCGCCGUGCUCCUCCGAGGAGAGCGGCUACGACGCGGCGCUCAGCCCCGAGGAGCGGGAGCUGCUGGACUUCACCAGCUGGCUGGGGAGCUACUGACACGGCGGGAGCCGCGCUCAGCCCGCAGCGCGUCGGCACCCGCGGUCCCGGCGGCAGCAGCAUCCCCCCGAAAGUACUGACCUCCGCCCCGGCGGGGCCCCGCUGGCUGCUCUUCUCGCCGGGCUCAGCCGUCGUCUGCUGGCUGUGGAAAGUGCAAUGGGGUACCUGACU